GCUUCUCUCUCUCUCUUUCUCUUGUGCAUGCGGGAAGAAUUGAACUUGAUUAGCCCAGAGCCACCAUACCACCAUGAUCAGCAUGAGGAAGACGUCGUCGGCGCUCCUUUGCACCCUGUUCCUCCUCUCUCUGACUCUGCUGUGCUUCCACCAGGCAAGCGCCCAUGGCGGCAUCCACGACGGCCACGAGGACGCUCCGGCGCCGCCCGUCCAAUGGGUGGUCAACCUGCGUUCCAAGGGCCUGGUCGCCGUCAAGGUGUGGUGCCUGGUCAUCCUGUUGGUCUUCACCUUCCUCGGCGGCGUGUCCCCCUACUUCUACCGCUGGAACGAGGCCUUCGUCCUCCUCGGCACGCAGUUCGCCGCCGGCAUCUUCCUUGGGACCUCGCUCAUGCACUUCCUCGCCGGAUCCACCUCCACCUUCAGGGGCCUCACCAAGAGCCACUACCCAUUCUCGUACAUGCUCGCCUGCGUCGGCUUCCUGCUCACCAUGCUCGCCGACUGCGUCAUCGUCGCUGUCGCGCGCAGGAACCGCGACAGAGUCGAUGGGGCCGAUGAAUCUGGACAGGGCCGUAGCAAGGAGGACGGCAGCGGCGGCGCUGACGCGGCGCACCACCCGAUGUUCGUGAGGACCUCAUCCUUCGAGGACGCCAUCCUGCUCAUCGUCGCGCUCUGCUUCCACUCCGUCUUCGAAGGGAUCGCCAUAGGCGUCUCAGCAACGAAGAGCGACGCGUGGCGGAACCUGUGGACGAUCGGGCUGCACAAGAUCUUCGCGGCUGUGGCCAUGGGCAUCGCGCUGUUGCGCAUGGUCCCGAAGCGGCCGUUCCUGAUGACGGUGGCCUACUCGCUGGCUUUCGCGGCGUCGAGCCCCGUGGGUGUGGGCAUCGGCAUCGGCAUCGACGCCACGGCAGAGGGUCGUGUGGCGGACUGGAUUUACGCUAUCUCCAUGGGGUUCGCCACGGGGGUGUUCGUCUAUGUCGCCAUCAACCACCUCAUGGCCAAGGGCUACCGCCCCCAGGAGCCCACCCGUGUGGACCGCCCCAUCUUCAAGUUCCUCGCCGUGCUCCUCGGCGUUGCAGUCAUGGCUAUUGUCAUGAUCUGGGACUAGACUCAUCAUCCACUUACGGAUCGACUCAUCCGGCCUAUUUGGAUUAUUUCAUGCUUCCUUGCAUUGCAUGCUUGUUGAUGUCUGCCUGCCUGCUAAUAAGGCUAUGCAUUAGGAUUAAUGGCUAUUGUCAUGUAUGGCCUUGCAUUGCAGUCAUGGCUAUUGUCAUGUAUGGCCUGGUCGAAUUUUCAGUUGUGUGUGAUCUCAAAUUGUUCGAUCUUUUUGGGUCA